AUGGGAGAUCUUUACGCUUUGGACUUCGAUGGAGUCAUCUGUGAUAGCUGCGGAGAAAGCUCUCUCUCGGCUCUCAAGGCUGCUAAAGUGAGAUGGCCUGGUUUGUUUGAUGGCGUGGAUUCAACCACUGAAGAUUGGAUUGUUGACCAAAUGCAUAUUGUGCGACCAGUAGUGGAAACUGGAUAUGAAAAUCUUUUACUUGUGAGAUUGUUGCUAGAGACCAGAAAACCUUCCAUCAGGAAAUCUUCGGUUGCAGAAGGGCUUGCAGUUGAGGGUAUAUUGGAGAAUUGGUCCAAGUUGAAGCCUAUUAUUAUGGAAGAAUGGGGUGAGGAUAGGGAAGCUUUGAUAGAUCUUUUUGGAAAGGUCAGAGAUGAAUGGUUGGAGCAGGAUUUUGCUACUUGGAUUGGUGCAAACAGAAUAUAUCCUGGUGUUUCUGAAGCAUUAAAGUUUGCAAGCUCAAGGGUGUACAUUGUCACCACAAAACAGAGCCGCUUUGCCGAUGCUUUACUUCGAGAGCUUGCUGGAGUAACCAUACCACCUGAAAGGAUAUACGGUCUCGGAACUGGUCCUAAGGUAGAAAUUCUAAAGCAGCUUCAAAAGAGACCAGAGCAUCAAGGGCUGACACUGCACUUUGUUGAGGAUCGGCUAGCUACGUUAAAGAAUGUGAUCAAAGAGCCUGAGUUAGACAACUGGAAUCUGUAUCUAGGGAAUUGGGGUUACAACACUGCACAAGAGAAAGAGGAAGCUGCAGCUAUUGCCAGAAUUCGCGUUCUUCAACUCUCAGACUUCAGCAAGAAGUUGAAAUAG